GUAUCAAACUAUGUCAUUUGACUUCGUGCCGUGACGUUGUAUGGGUUUGGUAAAUUGCAUCACCAUCUCUACAAGUUAUACAGUUGGUCAUAAUUGACACGAAGACUAUCGUGCUACUUCCUGACUCAAUUUAGGGCCAACGAGUAUGUUUUCGUCAGAAGAAUCCUCCAUCCUUCUAAGGGGUGAAAUUCCUACAACACGAAUUUUCAACAAGCAAAUUUGUUAUGAGUACUACGUCAACACUGACCGUGGAAGAGUUUUGGUCGCUGUCCACGGUGACAGACAAAAACCAGCCAUUGUUACCUACCACGAUCUCGGACUCAACUAUUUGAGUUUCGAAAAUUUUUUCAAUAAUGAAGACAUGGAAGAUAUUCUGAAACACUUCUGCGUGUAUCACAUGAACGCUCCGGGCCAAGAGGAUGGCGCCUCACGUCUUCCAAACAAUUACACCUACCCUUCUUUGGAUGAACUGGCUCGCCAAAUAAGCUUUGUCCAGGCUUGUUUUGGCUUCAGAAGAUUUAUAGGACUGGGGGUCGGUGUAGGAGCUAACAUUCUUGCCAGAUUUGCUAUUAAAUAUCCAACAAAGGUCGAAGCUUUAGCUCUAGUGAAUUGUACGUCAACGAAGUCCGGCUGGCUUAACUGGGCAUCAUUCAAAAUGGCGGUGCGCAUGAUACGUCGACGCGGCAUGUGCGAAUCCGCAGUUGAUUUCCUACUAUGGCAUCACUUCGGAAGAGUUUUGCAAGACAACAACCCGAAAAGUUUGUCGCAGUACCGCAAUAAAUUUCAAAAUAUUCAGCACCCUACGAAUGUAGCUUCAUUUAUUGAGGUGUUCGGUAAGAGAACUGAUCUUCACAUCUCACGUGAAAACGGUUCUAUGCAAGUACCCGUGCUCAAUAUCACUGGAGCUUUCUCCCCGUACGCUGAAGAUACAGUGACGUUUAACAGCCGCCUUGAACUAUGUACUUCGGCUUGGAUGAAGAUUUCAGACGCAUCCAUGGUGUUAGAGGAAGAGGCAGGCAAAGUAGCUAUGGCUUUCCGGCUAUUUUUGCAGGGAGAAGGAUAUGUUUCAACUACACCGAACAAAAAAUCACCAUCGAGCUAUAUUUUAGUAAAUGGAGAACGUCGAGCUUGCCGUCUUUCACCGACUAUUCGUAUCACCGAAAACCCCAUUUCUGAAGUAGUGGCGUGUUAAACACGAGAAUAUUUAGAGCACAGGCACCAAACACAUCGCCUUAGAACAUAAAAUUAUCACGAGCUAAGUUUAUGCUCAAGUUGUCGUAACUGGUUAGAGUUUUCUGUAGUAUUUAAAUUUAAUUAAUUAUUUUAUGUGGAUUAGCAGUACUUAUAUUAUUAGUGUGACUUCACCAAACACGAUGCUAUGAAAUGUUAUUACAAUUAUAGUAAAAUAAUAGUCUUAAAAUACACUAGCCAUUAGACUAUACACUAGCUGUCAGACCGAUAAUUAUUUCGUGACAAAGAAAAAAAAAUCUAAUUCUAGUUAUGAUUAUUUUUAUUUUUGGAAUCGGUGGCAGCCCCGCUCUGGCCUCUCGUCUGCUCACGUCGAGCUUGCGUCUCAAGCACAUCUCACCUAUGCUGUAGUUACAAACCUACCUUGACUGACACCGACUCCAAAAAUAAUAUUCGUAACAAGAAUUUGAUUAUUUCUUCUCCUUUUUUGAAGUCGGUUAAAAAUACUUAGGAGAUAAUUCCUAGCGUGGCAGAAUGUUAACAACUUGUUAAUUAAAAUCGGUUAAACAAAAGUAACAAUAGAUUCGAUUUUCAUUAUUUUCUUGCACUGUUUUUUUUCUAUACGCUAGUAAGUCUAUGAGCAAAGAAUAUAUAAUACUACAAGUUAAAUAGUAUCAAAAUACUUAAAGCACGAAAUAUUGUAGGUAUCCAUAGUAAGUAGACUUCGUAGACCUCGUGACAUUUACGUAUUCGUAUACUUUUACGGCGUUACAAAUAAACUUGGUAUAAAGUUAUAACUAAUCAUAAACAAAGAAUAUGCAAAAUGUUUACGAUAUCGAUGACAACACUGUCAAUACAAUGAUAAUUCUGAAGUUUUCCGAAUGACAAGCAGCCUUGCAAAUAAACGCGGGAAACGUUAUGUGUCCUUAGACACUAAUCGUAAACAAAAUGUCUAUUUGUAAACAUUUUACAUAUUCUUGGUCUAUGCUUAGGUAUAAAUUUAUGCCAAUUUUAUUUCUAAGGUCGUUAUUGUUUAGAGAUACAAAUUGUAUAAAUUACCAACUACUUCUUGGUGUUUUUAAAAACACACGUAGUUCAAAAACGCAUGUAGUUCAUGUAGACAGCUCAGUCAAUACAGAGUUUGUUCUGUAUUCUGAGGUAAUAGUGUCGUUAGGAACUCCAAAGAUUAAAAUUAUUGUAACAAUAUACCUACUAAUUUCUUUUUCUAUUGAACCGAUAAAUAUACAAUCCACAUGUUAAGAUAUUUUUUUAGAUCCAUCCAUAGAAUGUUUAUUGUUCGCAAAAUAUUUACUUAGUGUACUGCAAAUGUCGUAACUUAUUAUUUAAAACAUUAAAGCAAUAGUCUUAAGUUGAUAUGCAGUUAUAUGGCACAGUACUGUAUCUUUAUAUUAAGAGACUGUAAGAAAGUUUUUUAUUAUUUCUUGAUGAAAAACAAUGAUUGCAUUAUGAUUCUUAUCAGUUGUAUUAUUAGCACAUAUAAAUUUUUGUCACCAUAUUUUCAGAAUUCAAUAUCUAUCCUCUUAUAAUUAUUGUUACAUUAUUGUUUUUCCCCCUUCCUAAAUUCUAAGUAAGUAAAAACCUACGCCAUUAUUCACGACAGUGCCGGAUUAAUCAUGUAGUAAGAAUAACAUUUGCUACGGACCCCCUCGAAAGGGGGCCCGCAUAUUUAAGUCCACUCAUCUCUGCGUAAGCGUAAUAUUUGAGUGAAAUUUAUUAAGAUGUUGUAUAUUGAAUUUAUUUGAUGUCACAACAUUGUGAAUAUCAUACGAGACACUCGGUAACCGACUAUUUCCAAUAUAGACCAAGGGCUCUUUAAAAGAAUCUGCUACGGGCCCCGCGAGCUUACUUAAUCCGGCACUGUUCCACGAGUAAAUAAUAUUAGUGUUACUAUAUAGUUAUACGUGGUUAUGCAGUGUUGAAAGCGUUGCUAAACAUCGUAAACGUUGCUUUAGAGUCAGAUGCAAUUAAUUAUAAUUAAUUAUAUUAUGAUUAAGUAUUAUUUGCAUUUAAGUUCGGAGCGUCAGGGAUAUUAUUAAGUUUAUUGUAGUUUCUAUUGCAAAGCAAAAAUAUGUAGAUAUUAUCAUACUAUUUUAUGCUCUACGACUAUAUACAUUAUGAACAUCGAAAGAUUUGUACAAGAAUUAGGAAACAUUAUGAGGGUACUUCAAAUUGUAUCCAGUCGCAAAUAAGAUCGUAUAUACCGUAUUGGUUCAAUGUUUGAAUUUUGUGUGUAGGUAUUCAGAUAUUUUAGUGAUAAGACAGUAUGAUAAUUUUAUAUUCAUUUCCGGAUACCUUUCUGUAUAGACUGCUAAUUGCACGACUUGUAGCCGAAACACAUGGUCGGAUUUAGUACGGCCGGACUGUCGGCAUGAGUGGGCGUCUCGCACUAAUUGUUCUUGCGUCGUACUCGGUAUGGUACGGAAGGUAAUAAUAAUAAUUUUGUGCGAUGUAAAACGCGACACACUAACGAAUAUAGUGCGGUACCAAACCGUGUCCAAUGGUUCAGCCGGACCAAAUCAGACCAUGUGUUAGUUAUAAUUGGUCCGGCGUCUUACUCGGUACCGGACCGCGUCCAAUGGUUCUGCAGAACCAAAUCUGCCCAUGUGCGACUAGCAUCCGCUGACAUUCUGAAUAAGAGAUUUUUUUUUAUUUACAACCAUUUUGUAUAAUUUUUUAUUUGUUAUAAAAUAAAUUUCAAUAAAUAUUAUUUACUUAUAGCUUUUGACUUCUCUUAUGUAUUUUAUUGAAUUAUAAAGAGAACAAACGAGUUUGUUAUCCUUUUGAGUAGUGUUUUUUGUAUUUUCCUUAGAUCAUAUAUAUGUCUAGAUAGACGACAGCUGUAAAAACGACGAAAAUAAUUGAGGUUAACUUUAUUUUUAGCUUUAGUUUAUAUUUAUCUAAGGCUUUUCAAAUUUAAUAAAUAGUAAUUUACCGAAUAGAUGUAUGAUGUAUUUAUUAAGUUAUGUGUUGAUUAUUGCAUUUUCUUUGAGGAAUAACCUGCUUGGGAACACUUAACUAAUAAGGUAUUCAAAUAUUGUUUAUAAAUUUUGAAUGAAUGCACGUUAAGAAAGAAUUGUAAAGAAAUUAUACUGUUGUUAGCAGUUUCUCCAAAUAUAGCAACACUGUGUUUCUAUUUAUCUACUCUUAAAUGUAGAUAUGUAUUUUAUAGAAUAAUAUUUGGUGUCGAUUUGAAUAAAAGAAGCAUUGAUCAUCUAAUAUUUGAGAACAAUAUACCUAAGAAUAUAAUACAAACUCAAGUACGUACCCGCGUCAGCCAAAGAACCUACUUAGAUGAGUCAUUAUCAUCAUCUUAGCCGGCAGACAUUCACUGCUGGACAAAGGCCUCCCCCUAAGAUCGCCAUGACGAUCGGUCAUGCGCUGCCCUCAUCCAACAUCCGGCGAUCUUGACCAGAUCGUCGGUCUGUCUUAGGGAGGGGGCUACCAACACCGCGUCUUCCGGUACGUGGUCGCCAUUAAAUCAUUCGUUAGAUGACUUGUUGAAAUUUUUAGACAAGAUUAUUUCAUCCGUCAAUUGAUCAUGAUUCGUCAUUACAAUAUGUCAAUCUUAGUUUCAAUACCAUUCAUAACUAAUUUCAAUGACCAAUCUCUGGUUUAAGAUUGUUUAGAAUCCAGAUUAUGUCAUCCGUCAAUUGACCAUGAUUCGUCAUUACAAUAUGUCAAUCUUAGUUUCAAUACCAUUCACAACUAAUUUCAAUGACCAAUCUCUACUUCAAGAUUGUUUAAAUUGUGGUCUUUCAGGUUUGAAAAAGCAGAUCAAUCACUAAAUCGUUUCAUAAAUCGCACAGAAAAUGGAUACAAAUGAUAAUAUCCAUUCGCCAUUUUACGAUUGCGAUUGAAUAAGAAAAUAUGCUAUAAUCGCUCAAGAAGACCUUUAUGCAAGGGAUUCUUAGCACUUAACAACAGAAAAGACUUUUUUGAUUAAUAUUAUGAAAUACUGAAAAAUAUUUAUACCACCCUUACCAAGAUCAGUUCUUAAUGAUGUUGGGCACUUGUUGUUGUACUUGGUAUUGGUCUAAAAGAAGAUUAGGUACUAGCAGGUUACGCCACGCCACUAAAAUCUUUUGUAAAUGUAAGCCCUUAAUGUGUCAUUAAUAUGGAAUGCAAAAGUUUUUCUAUCUUGUUUACCCAUUUGCUGAAAAUGAACAGUGAAUCUUCAUGAUUUAUUCGUGUUCACCUGACCUGCACUUGAUUGGUUGUUCCCACCCAUAGGUAGAUGUCAUGUGAUUCAACAUGUCACGUAAAUGUUAGGGUGUGAAAAUCACCAACUAGUAUUACAUAGUAUUUUUUCUUCACACAAAUAUUUAGAGGACCACCCUGAAUUCGUUACCCUUUCACGCAACCAUGAAUAGAAAGUAACAGCCUUAUAGAAAAGAACAAUCACUCGGUGCUAUAAAUAUUCGGCUACUUCUCGUAGCGUUGUGUGUAUGUUACGUUUUUAUUGUAUUAACAUAAUACUAGCCUAUUAUAAGAUCUUUAAGUGGAAUAAAGAUCGCACACAUAAUAUGUCCGCACGCGCACCGUGUGUUUGAUAAUACUAAAGGUCACGAUGUUGUCAGAGAAUGACAAAACUUCCUAUAUGGUUUAGUUAAUGUUUAGCCAGAAAAAAACCACUGGUUUUAACGGUAUAGUUUUUUACGUAGGUAUUAAAUUACAUUUACUUUUAAGAAUUUGACUAUUUUUGUUGCGUCACUUUACAUAUUAUAUUGUAGUUGUAAUCAUUUGUAGAACGAUGAAGCUGUGAAUGUUGAUUUAAAAGAAUGGUUUCUUGCCAGUUCUUAUAAAAGCUCAACGUUCUGCGAAGUGACGUUAAAUUUAAAAAGAAAACUUAACAUUCAUAAGUGUCAUUUCCUUGACCUACACGAAUAAAGUGAUUUUGAUUUGAUUUAUGUUAUGAGAAACUUUUUUCCAUCCCAGCUAUUUUUCGUAAAUUUGUUUGUUUUUAUUACUUGACACCUAUGUAUUUAGUAAUGUUACAAUACUAUGCUUUUUCUUCUUUUAAAUGAUGUUGUAUCUCUUGACAAAGAUUUCAGCUGAAGUAUUGCUUUUUAUGUGUAGGUAGAUUUAGAUAGAUAGUUACAAAUUGAAGGGUACAUAUCGAUGUAUAAAACUACCAUUCAAAACAGAAUGAGAAAAGAUUACUUACUGACUGUGUUAUGUUUUAGAAACCGUUGGCUUGAUAUCGCAAAUUCGCUUGAUGUCUAAAAAUAUUAAUUAAAUACUAUUGAAUAUUACAUGUAAUAUUAUAAUGUUGGACCUAUUUAUAAUUUCAACGAAAUAUCAAUGCACAAUAGCAGUUACGAAAAUAAAUAUCUUUUUUCUAUAA